AUGCUGAGCAAGUCUCUCGCCGUCGCGGCCGGCCUCCUCCUGGCCGCCGCCGGCCCCGCCGCCGCCAUCUGGCCGAUCCCGAGCGAGUCCUCGACCGGCAACGGCGUGCUUUUUAUGAGCGCGGACAUCAAGGUGACGCUCAAUGGCGCGCCGCUGGCCGGUGCCGCCGCUGGCGGUGCCGCCAAAGCCGUCACCAGGCGUGCCGACGAUGCGGCCGGGAAGAAGGCCUGCCGUCCGCGCGUCCCCGCCGGCAACGGCACCGACGCCGGCAACGGCACCGUCAACACCGCACGCAUCUCCGAUGCAGUCUCGCGCACCCUCGACGUCAUCCUCAAGCAGGGCUUCGUGCCCUGGAUGCUCCACGACGCCAACUCCGACUUCGAGCCUCCCGCCGGCUCCGGUAACGGCACCGUGCGCACCCUCGCGCUCACCCAGACCGGCAAGGAUCCGCGCCGCCCGACCUUUGAGACCAUGGACGAGUCCUACGCCCUCAACCUGACCCUCGCCGGCCACGCCUCCAUCACCGCCGCCACCUCCGUCGGUCUCCUCCGCGGCCUCGAGACCUUCACCCAGCUCUUCUUCAAGCAGUCCUCCUCCUCCGGUGUGUACACCAACAUGGCGCCCGUCACCAUCAAGGACGCGCCGUCGAUGAAGUACCGCGCGCUGCUGGUCGACGUGGCGCGCCACUGGUACUCGGUCGCCGACGUCAAGCGCGCCGUCGACGGGCUGGCCAUGAACAAGAUGAACGUGCUGCACCUGCACGCCACCGACACGCAGUCCUGGCCCCUCGAGGUCCCCGCGCUGCCGCUCCUCGCCGAGAAGCACCGGUACGCCAAGGGCCUGACCUACUCCCCCGCCGACGUGCAGGAGAUCCACGAGUACGCGGCCGCGCGCGGCGUCCAGGUCAUCACCGAGAUCGACAUGCCGGGCCACGUCGGCAUCGACCGCGCCUACCCGGGCCUGUCCAACGCGUUCAACGCGCAGCCGUGGAACAAGUACUGCGCCGAGCCGCCCUGCGGCUCCCUCAAGCUCAACGACACCGCCGUCGACGCCUUCCUGGACAAGCUCUUCGACGACGUGCUCCCGCGGCUGGCGCCGCACGCCGCCUACUUCCACACCGGCGGCGACGAGUACAAGGCGAGCAACUCGCUGCUCGACCCGGCCCUCAAGACCGACGACAAGGCGGUCCUGCGGCCGCUCCUCCACGCCUUCCUCGACCGCGUACACAAGCGCGUCCGCGACCACGGACUCACCCCGCUCGUCUGGGAGGAGAUGGUCGACGAGUGGGCCGCGCCGCUGCCGACCAACGACACCAUCGUGCAAGCGUGGCUCGGCCGCGAGAGCGUGCGCAACCUCACCCGCGCCGGCUACCGCGUCGUCGACACCACCUACACCGCCUACUACCUCGACUGCGGCCGGGGCACCUGGAUCGACGUCGCCGACGCGGCCAUCAAGCCCAGCUCCACCUUCGACUCCUGGUGCGACCCGUACAAGAACUGGCGCGUCGUGUACAACUACGACCCGCUCGAGGGGCUCGACGACAAGGCGGCGGAGCGCGUGCUCGGCGGCGAGGUGGCGCUGUGGUCCGAGACGGUGGACGGCUCCACGUUUGACCAGAUUGCGUGGCCGCGCGCCGCGGCCGGCGGCGAGGUCUGGUGGUCCGGCCGCAAGGAUGCCGAGGGCAAGAUGCGGUCAGUGUUCGAGGCGCGCCCGCGGCUGUCGGAGAUGCGGGAGCGCAUGCUGGCGCGCGGCAUCGUCGGCGAGACCAUCGCUCCCCUCUUCUGCACCCAGUCCAAGCUGGGCGAGUGCGUCUAG